AUUCGUAAAGUGAUGUAUCGCGGUGCUGCUAAAGAACGCCCCGCUACAGCGGAAGAACUGUUCCACAAACUCUUCUCGAACGUUUCGCGCCUGUUCGAUCUCAUCGGAGUAAACCCUCUGGAUCCAGAUUUUGGUCCCAACAGACGCAUGAUUUGCACGUGGAUCGCGUUUUUGGUUGCCGUGGCCAACGUUACAUUCUUCCUGUGGAAGCAACGCUCGGACAUGGUGGAGUUCCUCAUGGUAGUACCGUACGUGAGCUUCGUCAUCCAGGCAUUGCACAUGAUGAUCAAGGCUAUGGUGAACUACUCCAACUACAGGUUACUGUAUGCCAAAUUAAAGCAGAUAUUGGACAUGCUUAACGAAAACAGCACUAGUCGGAAACUCAUGGCUGAAUCGUUACAAACUGGUACUGUACUACAGGGUUUGCUAGCAGUUUUGUACACCGUGUCGGUAAUUUUUAUCCUGGCAGUGCCAUUCUUCAUAUGGUGCAUCUCGGGAGAUAAGAUUUUUUUAAUAAUGUACCGUUUGCCAGCUAUUGACGAAAACACAACUUUAGGAUUCCUGGAAACCAUGACGAUGCACGUAGCUAUUCUUCUGGCUUCGUUCUGUGGAUUCGUUGGGAUCGAUUGCUUUUUUCUGGCUUUGAUCAUUCCAAUCAUUGCCUUUGUGGACGGUAUAGAGAACGAAAUUCACGAAUUGAACCAGUUACUAGAUUUGGAAGAGGCAAGUCCCAUCCAGUCCAAGCUGAACCGCAUUGUACAACUGCAUCAACUUUUGAUCGAAUAUGAGCUAAUGUUGGAAGACAUUUACAAUUUCGUGAUGCUGGUAAAGGUGGGAACAAUUGUGAUCGGAAUAAUCAGUGCGAUUUUGACGAUUUUCACAAAUCAAGACAAAAUGGCAUUCGUCUUUGCAAUACUCUUGUUGGUGCAGCUUACUCAAUACUGCAUGCUGGGAACUGUCAUCAGCUCCAAGAACAAUCAGCUGACUGAACAUCUGUACGACAUCAAGUGGUAUCUGCUGCCAGCUGGACAGGCCAAACAUCUUGUGCUGAUGCUGGAACGAGCCCAGAAUGCUCCCACCCUGACCGUUGGAAAGUUUGCCACAUUUAACAUGCAGUUUUACGAUAGAAUAAUGCGAAAAAUUUACUCUUUCGUAAUGCUGUUGGCAACAUUCUUGGAAUCAGCUUAACUUAUGUUUUAGCAUAAAUGCACCAUGGUGCUGCUAAGAAGAAAAAAAAUGUUAAUAUUAUGAAAAUCCGAUAAUGUAAACUAUUAUAACUUAUUGAAACAUUUGAAGCAAUAAUAAUAAGCAAUUAAAACAUUAGAAACCGUCAUUGACCGUGAAGUGCUGAUCAGAUCCAAGCUCGAUGAGAAUACAAACACCUUAUUUAGAUUUUAAGAAUAUGUAACUUUUUGUAUGACCGAGUUGGACAAAUACGACGAGUGCUGAAAAAAACACAAGUUUUGCAUUGAGUUGCAUAAUAGAAGUUGAAAGUUGCAUAAAGAAGA